UCUAUUACUCCAUCCGCAUUACGGUAUCAUGGAAGGACUAUGAACACAUUCAGUGAAGCAUUCACGGUCUUCGUAUUUGAGUAGGGGCAUGGAAGCGUCUGUGCCCGACAAGGAGCCCGCGUUUUGGCAGCGCGCCUCGCAAGCAGCGGUCGAUCGAUUCGUCAUUCCGUGUGUGCGCGCCGCCUUAAGGGAAGUAGCCCUGCAGAGUCUACAACGAGAGACGAUGGGCAUUUCGGCGACCAUCAACGCCGAAACCAACGGCAACGAUCUAGGUGUUGUCUCACCGGAAUCCCAACAGAUCGUCGUGACGGCCGAAGCGAUUGCCCGCGUACGAGAUCGGUGUCAUCGAGUCGGAGCGCAGUGGAGUCGGGCUUUGGAAGAAGCGGGACACUUCGCCACGGCACUGGUUGUCCAACGUGUCGUCACCUCCGGAAGUCCAACCCUCUAUGACCGUAUUCCAACGGAAAGUGGUACGCACAGCGAAUCAACCGACCCAGCCGAUACGAACGGACCGUCGCGCCCCGUCCCGCACCCUGACACACCGUCCACGAAGGAGUACGUGACGAAUUACGCGCGGAUCCGCAACAUUAUACGGCGUCACACCAAUUCCACUACCGACUACGACUUUUCUUCCAUCAUACAUCAGAUUGAUCAGUACGGACGAGAAGGAAGGACGGAUUGGCUGGGUGACUGGAGCGAUGUGGAAGCGGCGGCACGCAAGCUUCCCGCCCGGAUGGUGUACGAAAACGUCAACACCGACGGGAACAAAGCACCAAAUAUAGUUCACAACAUCUUGCAUUCACCGCAUCCAUGGCACAGUCGCAAGCGUCCGCAUGUGGCUUUGCCGCCCCGACCACCAUCGUUAGACGACGGAACCGCGCAAUGGACCAGCGAUGACGUGACGGCGCACUGGAGUGAACGCGAACGUCGUCGCUUGGACUCGUGUGUGCAAUCACUUCCCGCAGCGCUUGACCCGAAACCAUCCAUUGUUUUGGGUUGCCUGCAUCCGGUCGGACGUUUGCAGUAUUACUUCCAACAACGGCAACCGCAAUCGACGACCGAUCGACGGAACCGGCCAGUGAGCGAGUCUCACAAACGAACGCGACGACAGCAAAAGCAAGCCACCAAGAUGCGACUCGGAGAUCACGUUUCACGGAAAGAUGAGGCCACCACGGCUCGACGAUUGCGGGUGUCCAAGGUCUUUCCCACCGUCAAUCACGAAGAUUCGCAACAGCACUGGCUCGAUUUGGAUUUGGGCGACUGUAUUUUGGAAUGCACGAACCCCGAAACCGGUAAAGUCAGUAUGCUUGCGUUUGGUAGUCUCGAGGUGAUGCUCCUCGACGAAGACGAGGAUGACGAGGACCAGGAUCAAGAGCAAUGACCGCAGCGAUGGCUCCCGACGAGCAUCUCCGGGCUUUGCUCACUCGAACAAAACGCCAUUAUAACUGGAAUUAAUGGGCUUUCUUUCUCAAUGUAUCUUGAUCGCAUGUACGGCAAAGACUCCGCUUUAUGGGAACAGCGGAUGCGAGAGAAUUUUUGCCGCUGGCGGUGCUCCCUGGAGAAGCCUGCGUCUAGUUUGUGCGGUAUGAACAUAUCCACCAUUUGG